AUGGGCGAGAUAGAGAACAAGGUUACUGAAGAAAGGGUUGAGUCUGCAUCUGAUUUGCUUCAGAAGCCGCAAUUCGACGAUGGCAACUUCGAAGCAAACGUGCAACUUGCUGAUGGAGAUAUCACUUAUCUUAUUCCAACUCCAAGUUCAGAUCCACGGGAUCCCCUCAACUUGAGUCCACUUAGGAAAUGGAUCAUAACGAUGACUUGUGCGACUUUUGCUGCGAUCGGCCUCGUCCAAGUCUCCGGCCUUGGAGCUCUUCUCGGAGAGUUCAUCCCCGAGUACGCGGCCGAAGGAAGAGGAUACGAUGAUAUCUCCCAUCUCAUGACUUAUCCGUCCUUGUUCAUGGGUCUUGGAAACCUCAUCGGAAUGCCUCUUGCACUUGCCGUUGGUCGUCGGCCGGUUUUCCUUGGAUCCUGUGCCUUGGCUGUCAUAGGUUCUAUCCUUUGCGGUGUUCAAAAGAGCUACACAUCUCACCUGGUUGCUCGUAUGGUACUCGGACUAGCUGCAGGUCAGAGCGAGGCUCUUUGUCCCCUGAUGGUGCAAGAAGUCCACUUCCUUCACGAACGCGCCCGCUGUCUGAUGUGGUUCACUCUCUGGCAGUCAACACUUAGCGCUGUCUACUCGCUUCUCACCUCCUACAUCGCCGCCGGUAUCGGCUCGUCUGGCUGGUACUUUUUGGGCUCCGGCUUCGCCGCCGUUACAUUGAUAUUCGCCAUCUUCAUGGUACCGGAAACCAAGUACGAUCGCCCGCUUGCCGCAUAUCAAGGCCAGACUGCCCAGGUCUCCCACUUCGUCAGCCCAGCUGGCCCAGGAGUCGACGACACUACCGGGGUUUACACCGAGAUGCUCACGCGCAAGACCACCACAGAGCCCCGUCAGCUUGACUUUGUUAACUUCAAGCCUCGCACCUUUGCGUCUGACCUUCGUCUCUUCACCCAAAAAAACGACUGGAAAGAAGGCUGGCAAUGCUGCACCGGCGUGGCUCUCGUAACCUUCUUCCCCGACAUGAUGUGGGCCCUUUUGCUCAACGGCUUGACGAUCGGCGUCAAUAUUGCUCUUGGUACUACAUACGGCGAGAUCCUCCAGCACGCUCCAUAUAACUGGAAGUCAUCAGUUGUCAGUUUCGCCAUGACUGGCCAAAUUGUGGUCGCAUUCCUUGCUCUUCCAAUCUUAGGUAGAGGAUCAGACUGGGUUAUCAAGUUCUUCGCUAGAAGGAAUGGUGGUGUUCACAAGGCGGAAUACCGACUCAUCCCUCUGAUUAUUCCCGUCAUUGUCGGUACUCUAGCAUCUGUCCUCUACGGCCAGGCAGCUGAGCACCCUGAUAGGUACCACUGGUUUGCCAUUGUGUUUCCUCUGAAUGCCUACUACUUCGGCUUUGUUGGAGCAAACCAGGUCGGCAUUACCUAUGCCCUCGAUGCGUACCCGACUCGUUCUGGCCCGGUGCUGGUCAUCAUCUGUGCUAUGCGCGGUGUCAUCUCUUUCGGAACAAGCUAUGGAGUGACACCUUUCAUCGCCUCCAUGGGGUACGAUGGUGCCUUUGGUAUUUAUGGAGCUCUUACGGCAGGUAUAGGUGCUGCCGGGAUCUUUGUCUUUAUCUGGGGCACUCAGAUCAGGGAGAUGGUAUCUAAAUGGUCUAUUGCAAACACCGCAGCGACCCCGUCAUACAAUCAUUAGGAUUGUCACCUGUGGUUCAACGAGAUUUCCAAUAUUCGAAGUCAGUUGGUUGUGGUUGGUACCUGACUCUCUGACUCCCGAGCUUUAGCUUGCGUGUAAAUACCUUAGGAUGUUCAUGAUAGUGUGUUGGUAUG